AUGGAUCUUCGCGCUCGAGAGAAUGUUGUCGAAUACGUUGUCUCGAAGGACAUUGACACUAUUGUUCACACUGCAACCUGCAUUGAUAAAGAGGCAGUAUCGAACCUCAUCAUCGGUCUCGAGAAACGACGCCAAGCCACCGGGAAAGAGUCGCACUAUGUACACACGUCCGGUUUGUCGGCAUUCGACGAAGUAACUGGUUGGCCUUUUGGUCCGACCAAGGACAGUGAUGCCGUGUACGAGAUGGAGAAACAGACCGAAGAUGCCUACAUUGUCAGACACGUGGACACGUACGUCAUUGAUCAAUGCGAAGCUGCCGGCGUGAAGGGGUACCUUGUAUUCCCUCCUACUAUCCACGGCCGAGGGAGCGGCGCGUGGAACCAACUCUCUCCACAGAUGCCAGCUAUUGUCCGAGCAAGUAUUGAGUUCAAGAAAGUGCACAAAUUUGCCGAGGAGCGAGACGUCCCUUCAAUUCUUGAUGGAAAGGACAUCCCGUCCGGACGGGAUGGCUAUUACUUCAUUGAGUCAUACACGCUCUCCUGGUGGGAUAUUCUCGGCGGAUUAGCACAGGUUCUAUAUGCCCGAGGUCUGGUGUCGACGCCAGCCACCGAAGUCUGGCCCUCAGAUGAGAUGGUGGCCCAGGCAAUGGAUGUUCCGGUAAAAUUCGCUUACAGCAUUUGGAACCCUGGUAACUUGAAAAUUAUCUGUGAUCGUAAGAAUAUUUUGGGGUGGGAGCCAGCUUGGAGCAAGGAGAAGUUCCUGGGCACUUUGAACAGUGAAGUGGACGAUUUUCUGGAGCUGGGAAUGCCCAAAAGCAGUCUGCUUAGUUCGUUGAAACCAGGACACAACAAUGGCAAAUGA